UCCCAUUGACCAGGCAUCCCUUCCGGUAGAUGAGGUCAACAUUUCCCUAGAUCCGCCAUUUCAGUCCCGGAGUUUCUUGUUGCACAUUAGUUUUGAAUAUUUGUUGUAAUUUUAACGUUGAAGCGGUAGGGAAUUUGGGGUUUGUGGUGCAACGUUAACCCAGUCAACUCAAACGCCUUUACAUUUUUUUAGUGGAAGUUGGUAAAGUCUUGGUAUUAUAGCGGGUUUUUUUGUUUUUUCUCAGCGGCGGCGUUAGUCAACCAAAGUUUUUGUAUGAGUUGCGGAUAGGGAGAGGCGAAGGGGAAAGGCCUCAAGCCUCGGACAGGAUUUCACAGCCAUGGCCGGUAAUUUUGAUGCCGAAGACCGUGCUAGCUGGUACUGGGGAAGGCUAAGUCGCCAGGAAGCGGUUUCUCUCUUGCAGGGACAGAGACAUGGCGUUUUCCUGGUGAGGGACUCAAUAACCAGCCCCGGUGACUACGUGCUGUCCGUCUCAGAGAACUCCAAAGUGUCCCAUUAUAUAAUCAACAGCAUCAGUAACAACCGGCAAUCUGGCUCAGGUUUGGCUCCUCCUCGGUUUCGGAUUGGGGAUCAGGAAUUUGAGGCACUGCCGGCCCUGCUGGAGUUUUAUAAGAUCCACUACUUGGACACCACUACACUUAUAGAGCCCAUAAGUAAGGCCAAGCACACAGGUUUCAUCAGCUCCUCCUCUGUGGGUGUCCCACAGCAGCCAGAGGAGGCUGAGUUUGUCCGGGCGCUGUUUGACUUCCCUGGCAACGAUGAGGAGGACCUCCCCUUCCGAAAGGGUGACAUUCUGCGUGUGCUGGAGAAGCCAGAGGAGCAGUGGUGGAACGCUGCAAACCAGGAGGGCCGAGCUGGAAUGAUCCCCGUGCCCUACGUGGAGAAGUACCGGCCUGCCUCGCCCACUGCUGCCGGGCUGGGUCCCCCUGUUGUGGGGACUGGACAGUCGGGGCAAAUUGGAGGGGUAGCGGGCAGCACAGAUGGAACAGGGGCCACACCGGCCAACCCUCUGGGGGACCCAGGCCAGUACGCACAGCCCGUAGUCAACACUCAGCUUCCCAACCUACAGAACGGGCCUGUGUAUGCCAGAGCCAUUCAGAAGAGGGUGCCCAAUGCCUAUGACAAGACGGCGCUUGCUCUGGAGGUGGGAGACAUGGUAAAAGUGACCAAGAUCAACGUGAACGGCCAGUGGGAGGGCGAGUGCAAGGGCAAACGAGGCCACUUUCCCUUCACCCACGUUCGACUGUUGGAACAACACCAUCCUGACGACGAGAGCUGAGAAACACAUGCACUCCCAUCACCUGCGCACAUCCCUUCUCUUUUGGCCAUUUUGUCAUGCUCAGAAAGAAAAAAGAUGAAUACAAGCACACAGUAUAUGAACCUACGAGCUAAACCGAAAAGUGCUCCUGACCCUGCCAACACAAGACGUGUGUGUGAUCUUGCCUAAUGUCAUUUUGAUGGACGUUGGCCAUACUAAGAGUUUACACUAAGGUCAGACUGAUAUCGGGUUGCCUAUAUUAGCUUCUUUCUUUUUUUUUUUUUUAGUCAGCAUUACCCACUACCGGUGUUGGCUUCCUCCUUGACUACAGCCACAUAAAAACUCUCCAGAACCUGCAAUGAAACAUUUCCAACAAGUAGAUAGCAACACUCAUUGGUUUAGUAUUUAUUGUCUUACCUAGAAUCACAUGGGAAAAUCAGUUACCAGUUUCAUCUCUGUACGCCCAGUACACGGAGAGGUGUGUUUAGCCUACCUUAGCUCUAUGACUAGAAACGGGUAAACAGUUACCAGGCUAAGCCAAAAGAGAAAAUAACAAGUCAUCAGCUUCCAAUAACUUCAAAGUGGUUUCUUUACUUUUUGUAUAAUGUUUGUUUAUCAGGCAUAGAAGCAAGACAUCGUUUCAGGGUGCCUUCACAGCUAACCUGCUUGGUGUUUGGUUCCAAUGAACUACUUCAUUCAGUUUGGUUGGUUUUUGGCUGGUGUAAAAGCUGUCAAUCAAACUGUGGUGCAGACAAAACAACUGGGCCGAGACCAUCUGGAAAGUGGGGUUUGCAGUUCGCUUCCGAACGAACUCUGGUGCGGUUUGUUUGUGGUGCGAAUGCAAGCCAGACCAAAAGCAAGAUUUUGUUAUAAUCGAGCUCGAUUUCAUGAAUUGAAAAGCUAAACACUUAUUAGAUCCAUCUGCUGACUGGGAACUGUUAAAGACGAUCCGUAUAAGUGAUCUGUAUAAUUACUCAAGAUAAUCUGGUAACCAUGGUAGGAUGUAUGCAAGUCAGCUAGUGAGUGCAGGGAUCUUCCGUGAUACAUUACAAAGUGAAAAUGUUAAGUCAGAGGUGUUCUGUGCCUGUGUCCUACUCCCAUGUAUGUUAGUUGUGCUUCAUUUAAAAGUGAGUGACACGUAGCGACUACACAGUAACUACGUUACAGCACAAGGCACUCCUUUUUUUGUCUUGUUUCUAACUAUUGGCAUUAUUUAUUACACACAAGGUCCAGUCGCAGUCUUGACUAAUAAUUCCUAUAACCGUUUUCCAUUUCAUUGUGCGCUCUUUGUGUCACUAAAUAAGAUUAAACACACAAGGCCCAGUGAAGUGCUGCAUGAAUGGUUGUAGCACUGAUGAUGCAGGCUGCCAAGCACCAAAACUGUCCAAUCAAUGAGCUACCUGUCAGUCCAUAUCGCGUCAUGUUUACAGCUUUUUGCUUAUUUAUAAUAACUCGUGAACAAGAAAUAGGAGGAUUAAGAACUACAGGGCAAUAGUAUAUAUAUAUAUAUAUAUUUUUUUUUUUUCCUUUGGUCUGGAACAGAUGAUCCAAACUAAAGGCGUAAAAGUGACCUUUAGACCAGUUAGACAUCGGAGUUGGAGUUUUUUCUUGAUCAACAUGCAGUGGACUCAGUGAUUUCACGCUGCAUCUAAAUAGAAGCUGCUGAUAGCAAAAUAAUUAUUUAGUUUUGAAUGGUGUAAAAAUCCUAUGGCAGACAUUCGGAGGAAAGGGAAUUAAAAUUGUCAAAUUAAGGAGUUUGAAUAUUAGCAAAAUGCGACUUUCAGACAGUUUCAGUCCACAAUGGGCAGUAAUAGGCACCAGUAACCGAUAUCAGUCGAACCCUAGUUUACACACCUCCAGCCCAGUAUUGAAGUCUCCACGGCACAUACACAGCAGAGUCAACCUACUCUUCCCUUCCUGCCAUAUCUGUGUAUCCCCACCCACCACAUUUCAUUCAUACACAGAAGGGAAAAAAAAAAAAAAAAUCGCUUGCACACACUCAGCUUCUCUCACAGAAUCAUGAAUCGGGGAGUUUUUGUAGUGCUAGACUGUGAACCUCAGAGUGAAACGAGCAAAGACUUUUUUUUGAUGACUCCGUCUUGUGGAGAAGGACGGUCCUCCUUGCAAACACGACUUCACCAACUUAUUACAUACUACCCACACCACAAACCAAGUCCUCUUUUUUUGUACUAAAAGUGGAAAAUAUUAUGAUAGAAUUGACUAUAUAUAUACACACAUACAUACACAUGUGUGUGUGUAUAUGUAUGUAUAUAUAUAUACACACAUACACACGUGUG